AUGAGGAGGAACUUUAUUUUUGCGAGUGUAAUUAUUUGUUUUUCACGCAAAAUCAGUUUUCGAUGUCUGCUCGGUCAAUAUUUUUCAAAAUUUUUGAUAACCAACUGCUCCAAUUAUCAUAGCUCAAAUUCUGAGUUGCUUCAACUAAUUUCGAAGGAUGUUGAUUUUUCUCAGAGACUUAGUUCGUUGAAGAAAAAGUACCCAUUAGUGAAAGAUACACUUCGAGGAUAUCCGGAAAUCCAAGCUGUACUCAAGAAUCGAAUCAUAACUAAAUCAGCCCGCUCCAAUGAAGUCAUUAUUGGCAACCCACUCAAUCAGUUUUACACACUCCACAAAUUCUCGACUCAGUGGCCGAAAGCAGUCCAAAAAUUAUCCAGAGCAUCAGCUGAGAUCCUCAGAUUGUCAGCCGAAAGCGACGAGCCGAACCCACAAUUGUCGGAGAUAGUCGCCAAGUUGCUCGGGUUGUCACGUGAGAUUUCACUCGUGGAAGUUGAAAUAAUUGAAGUUAAGAGGGCUGCUCAGUCUAUUUUGAGGCUGCAGGAGUUUUACCAUUUGGAUGCAGGGGAUAUUUUGCAGGGGAGGAUUGAGAAUUAUUCAGCUGCUAGACCAAUGACGGAAGACGAAGCCAGACUUACUAUUCUCGCCGCCUUCACGAAAGCAGACUUCUGCCGGGUGACACAAUGGGGCCAGCAGUUUCCUUCUCUUGGGUUUUCAAUUCCAGAUCUAGUCGAGCCAGUUCUGAGGAAAAGGAAACCCCCCACAAGAAGCCAAUGUGCCUCCAUGCAGUGCUUCUCAGGGGGGAGUGGGAAGUCAUACUGCACAGGAAAGGAUGACGUCACGAACAAAUACCAGCAGACAUGCAACCAACGUUACUUCUCAACUUUAGACAAAAGCAAACCACGUUACCCGCCCUGUUUCCUGCAUGCCUCCCACCCUGCUCUGAUCUUGCAACCCACCCGAGUGGAAUGGGUAUCCCUGAACCCCCCAAUAUACAUGUUCCACUCCAUCUUCACCCCCCAGGAGUGUGACCAGUUUUGGAGGGUGGGGAGGAGCGAGGAGCAGGAGGGGGGAAGUGGGUCUGAUGAUAGUAGGGAGUCAGGCGCAAGAGGGGGAACCAACGAGUGGUUAUCAGAUUCGUUCGAUGAAGUGUAUUUGUUCACGAAGAGAGUGAGCCAAUCCACUGGACUGAGUGCCGACUCAGAGAGCGAAGACUGGCAGGCGUCCUCCUAUGGCCUCGGGGGUCACUACUGGUUCCACUACGACUACUUCUCCGACCACACCUCCUUGGACCAUGACUCUUUCUCCUCUAUGGGCAACAGAUUGGCCACUUUCAUGGUCUACCUGUCAGAUGUGUACUUUGGAGGAGCCACUGCAUUCCCACUACUCGGAAAGAGCUUCCAGCCAAAGAAAGGAAGUGCUCUGUUCUGGUUCAAUUUGGAUCUAGCUGGAGCCCCCCUUCCUUACACUCUACACGGGGGCUGUGCUGUGGGGGUGGGGACCAAGAGGAUAGGGAACAAGUGGGUUAGAUACAAUGGACAGUUCAACACUUUCCCCUGUGGGUUGAAGAGAGAAAAGCAGACGCCAAAACUGCCCAAAUCACUAGUCAAAUUUUAAACAUUACAAAUUAUUAUAAAAAUUAAUAAAGAUACCGUCGGUCAAGAUAGCAUCCUCUGCCGAAAUUUGAACAAGUUGAAAACCUCAACCCCAAAUUUUAGGGGGAGUAACUUAUC